AUGGCAACCGAGAUCCCAGCCGAAAUCAACAUCCAUCAGCUCUCCAAGUCUGAGAAACAGGCCAUCGCACCUUUCCUGUUUCCGGAGGACGACAAGGAUGAUGAGAAUGUGGCCCCGAUCAAGCAUGAUGUGCAGGAGUCCAAGCCGGCCUAUGUGUCAUACAAGACUUUCGAUGAAGAAUCCCCAACCACCACUAAAAGGAAGACCAUGUACUAUGAAGAUGCCUUUGCUGUUCGUGGCUCCCACAACUCGCCCAAGGAGCGUGUUGCCCGUGACUCGGUCGUGGUUGUGGAGCUGACCACCAACCUCAAGGUGGUGAAACAGACGGAGGAGGCAACAUACGAAGAAGUGAAGAAGGCCAGUGAUCUUGCAAGCUGCCUCCGUCAGUUCUACCAGCGUCCAGAGUGGGCCGUACAGGUGGUGGUGCAGCACGAUGCCGAUAUCCUCUUCGAUGGUCCAGGUCCCUCAUACCUGUUGAAGAUUCACGCACUUCCGUCGGCCUUCGCACCAGUCACCAACAUGCGCAACACUGGUCUCAUUCAGAAGACCAUUCACGAACUUUAUGGGAUUGAUCCGAAGGACGGCGUUGUUCUCUUCCUGCCGGUCCCCGAAGAAAAUUUGGCGACAAAUGGAUCCACUGCCCAAGGCGCGAUCGCUCGACUGGAGAGCUCCGAGAUGGACAGCCCUGGACUGAUCAAGUCCAUUUCUCGCAGCAUGAGCCGGCGUCUCAAGUCCAACAGUGGCACUAGUGCCCCCAUGUCACUGCCAUCGACAGUGGUCUCUCCUACGUUGUCGACCCCGACCGACCCUAUCCACUCUCCAAUUGGAGAUGCUGCACUUAGCGAGGAGGAAGAAGCCGGACCGAGCCUCAAGAAGAGAGAGUCACUGCGCACCAUUAUUCAUCGCCACAUGCGCCCCAAGAAGGGGAGUGGGAUGAAGGAGGCGAAGGAGUAG